AUGGAGGAGAAACAAGUGGAUAACCACUUGUCUCGCCAUUCAAACACACACAAAUUAAUAGUCAAUGUGAGCCCCAUAACAAGGUAUCACAGCUUACUAUGUCCGUCCGUAAACAAUAAUUUGCCCCAAUGGGUCACUGAGGACAGUCUCCGGUUGGUGUUAGAAGUUAUGUUUUUGGCGCAGGAUCGCAAUUUAAGAAUUGGAUUUAACAGUUUAUGCGCAAUGGCUUCAGUGAACCAUUUGCAUUAUCAUUUAUUUUUGGAAAAUCAUGACUUGCCUGUUGAAAAUAUUAAAUGCACACAAAUCAAAGGUCCCCUUUAUGCAUUCGAUGAAACGUACCCUAUACCAGCAUUUUGCUUCGAAGUUCCGUCACCUCAAUCCAUAAACGGCAUAUCUAAAGAAAUCUACAAGCUUAUAGAACAUUUAUUGAAGAAUUGCAUAGCUCAUAAUAUUUUUAUAACUCGAGGCAGUAACUUGGUACCGGGUGAACAAAAUUUGGAAAUAAUAAGAAUAAUCAUUUGGCCUAGAAAAAGUAGCCCUAAACCGAAAAUAUUGACUACAUUCUACGUCGGGUUAUGUGAAUUAAGUGGUUGGUUUCCUGUUUAUUCUCAAAACGAUUACGAUAAAUUACGAACUGACGAUCUAGAAAUAGAACUAAGCAAAUGGAAAAUAGAUAACUUCUCCAGACUGUGCGACCAAGUGGGCCUAUUGUAUUAAUGAAUAUGUUAUAGCACAUCG